AAGCUGGGCAUUGGAAGACAGAUUUUUGUGUGAAAUUUGGGCUCCAUCCAUGGUAAAGAGCAGAAUACGCACAGAUAGUCUCCUAUCUUUUACCAAAAAAAAAAAAGAAAAAAAAACCCAAACAGCAUCAAUCUACUCGUAACCUGAUGCCGACGUUUGUAGGAUUAUCGCCUUUGGGAGUCGAGUCCAAAUUAAAAGUGGACUUCCAGGAAUCAGGUUUCAGGCGUGACUCCGUUUCCUCUCCCUCCAAUUCUCUCGAUCCCAUGGACAAAUUUCGACCUUCUUGUAAAGAAGACGAGGUGGGGGACUGGAGCGAUGCCCUCGAUCACAUCCCCUCCCUUCCUCCUCUAAUGUCUUCUCCUCCUCCUUCCCCGCGGGCGGCGGCGGCGGCCGAUGUUCCCGUCUCCUCCUCUCCUCGGAUGCUAUCACCACCGCCUCCAGUUCUACCACUAGUAGAAGAAGAAGAAGAAGAAGAAGAAGAAGAAGAAGAAGAAGAUAACGAAGCGAAAGAGAAAGGCAUUCUCCUCGAUCCCUCCUCCCUCCCCGAUCCCCAAAAACCCCACCUUUCCCUCGCCGCCGCCACGGACGACGACGAGCCCCCGGCGUCCGAUGACACAGACGACGACGACGACGUUGACGGCGCCGUCUCCGCCGGGAAGAAGCAGAAGCUCCUCUCCUCCUUGACCUCCCCCUCCUUCCCUUCCCCGUCCCCCGCCAUCCCUACCCCCGCCGCCGCGAAGAAGCCCAAGAAGAAGAACAACAACGUGUGGACCAAAUCCACCUCCCGGAAGGGCAAGAAGAAGAGCAAGGCCGUCGCCAACGCCGCCCCCGAGGACACCGUCCUCAUGACCCCCAUACCCCGCUUCCCUGACAAGUCCGACGACUCCCCCGACUCCAAGGUCUGCCUCUCCCGCGUCUGCAAGGCCGAGAAGGUCGAGCUCAGCGACGACCGCCUCUCCGCCGGCAGCACCAAGGGCUACCGCAUGGUCCGGGCCACCCGAGGGGUGAUGGAGGGAGCCUGGUACUUCGAGAUCAAGGUGGUGAGGCUCGGGGAGACGGGUCACACCAGGCUCGGGUGGACGACGGAGAAGGGGGACCUCCAGGCCCCCGUGGGGUACGACGGGAAUAGCUUCGGGUACAGGGAUAUAGAUGGGACCAAGAUUCACAAGGCCCUCAGGGAGAAGUAUGGGGAGGAGGGGUACGGUGAGGGGGAUGUGAUUGGCUUCUACAUUAACCUUCCAGAUGGGGCUUCGUAUGCUCCCAAACCACCGCAUCUUAUUUGGUACAAGGGGCAAAGGUACGUAUACUCGGCUGAUGGGAAGGAUGAGCCUCCCAAAGUUGUUCCUGGGAGUGAGAUAUCUUUCUUCAAGAAUGGAGUCUGCCAAGGCAUUGCCUUCCCAGACCUGUUUGGUGGAAGAUACUACCCUGCUGCUUCUAUGUACACACUCCCUAACCAGCCUAACUGUGAAGUGAGAUUUAACUUUGGGCCUGAUUUUGAGUUCUUUCCUCAAGAUUUUGGCGAACGUCCAUUACCAAGGCCGAUGAUUGAGGUUCCCUAUCACGGAUAUGAUGGUAAGAUUGAAGGCCCUCCAGAAAAUAGUGUCGCAGAGAAAACAAAUUAACCAUCUUUUCUUGCAGUUUUUUGUUUUACUCGUGGAAGAGAGGCUAUGAGCUGAAAUAUGUAAUCUUUAGUUCAGUACUUAUGGGUGACUGAACAUUAAAUUAGUGCUAAUAUCUGUUUUUCUUUAUUGUAAUUAGUCAAGUUUGUUCAUGAGUAUAACUUAUUUUACUAGGGAAACGAUGUGCAUAUCUUC